AUGGAUUGGGAACUUCCAGACAAAGUAUUAGCAUCCGGAUACUUUGAAGUAAGUAAAAAAGAGUACUUUCUGGAUGUGAAUGACAGGCUUCUCUGUUUGUUGCAGCGGUGGCAGUUGCGCAUGGGAUUGGUCUCAUCAUCUCCGUGCCUGUCGUGUUCAUCGUCAUCAUCGUCCUGCAGUGCAGCGGUGUUGGUGCAUUCAUUCAUUGAACCGCGAUGA